AUGUCGCAAGGGCUCGAUAAGACGCUCCAACUUUUGGGAGAAGAGCAACCGUCGACGGGUACGUCAUACUCGCUCGAGAGAUACCUCAACAGCGACGGGGGGCUCACGGAACGGUUGCUAGGAGGGCUCGGCCUAGACAACAUGGUGAGCAGGACUCAAACGGUUAGGUGCAAGGUGAAUGCUCUCGCGGAUAGGACGGCGCAGCAGCCCCAAGGCUCCAGUUGA